UACAUUACACCCCAAAAGUCUCUAGCUUUAUAAUCAAAGAUUCGUUGUAACAACAUUUUAAGACGUACCCAUAUCUUUAUUUUCAAGAAAGAUCAAAAUUUGAUACCCGACCCACCCGGGUGGUCUGCGGGUGGCAAUGGCGGACAUUGUGAAACAGAUCUUAGCCAGACCUAUUCAAUUGGCUGACCAGAUUAUUAAAGAGACUGAAUUUGCUCGUUCAUAUAGACAAGAAUGUGCUGAAAUCAAAGAAAGAACCGAAAAACUCGUUGGGUUGCUUAGGCAAGCCGCUCGGGCCAGUAAUGAUCUUUAUGAGCGGCCCACUCGUCGAAUUAUUGAUGAUACUGAACAGGUUUUAGAUAAAGCGCUUAUCCUUGUGAUCAAAUGUCGGGCUAAUGGUUUCAGCCGGAUCUAUACGUUUAUCCCAAAAGGCGCGGUUAAGAAACAAUCGAAUUUGAUUGAGAAUUCGAUUGGGGACGUGUCGUGGCUUCUACGUGUGUCCACUCCUGCAAAUGAACGUGAUGAUGAGUAUGUUGGAUUACCCCCAAUUGCGGCUAAUGAGCCAAUAUUGUGUUUGGUAUGGGAACAAAUCGCGAUACUUUGUUGUGGGACGCUUGAGGAUAGGGCGGAUGCAGCCGGAUCACUUGUAUCGUUGGCUCGAGAUAAUGAUAGGUAUGGAAAGUUGAUUAUUGAGGAAGGUGGGGUGCCACCGCUUUUAAAACUAGCGAAAGAGGGAAGAAUGGAAGGUCAAGAAAGCGCGGUUAGAGCGAUAGGUUUGCUUGGGCUUGACGAGGCGAGCGUGGAGCAGAUAGUGAAUGCAGGGGCUUGUCCUGUUUUCGCGAAAAUAUUAAAAGAAGGGCAUAUGAAGGUGCAAAUUGUGGUGGCGUGGGCGGUGGCGCAGUUAGCUAAGGCAAAUAAGCAAUGUCAAGAUCAGUUUUUGAAAAACAACACGAUUAGGUUACUCGUGAGUCAUUUAGCGUAUGAGACGAUUGAAGAACAUAGUAAGUACGCGAUUGUUAGCAAAAACAAAAUGGCGUCGAUUCAUGCUGUUGUUAUGGCCAAUUCGGAUCAUGAUCAUCAUAAACACAAGCAAGAUGAUGAUGAUCAAUGUCAUGUGGCGCGUCCUGGUGGUUUAGAUGCAGGGGAUAUACAUAGUGUAGUGACCAUGAAAUCUCCGAGCCAACCACCCCAACAACGACGAGAAAGGAGUAGAAGACGUGUUGCAUUGCCCGGGGCAAGCAUUAAAGGGAGGGAAUUCGAAGAUCCGGCUACAAAAAGUGAAAUGAAAGCGAUGGCAGCACAAGCACUUUUUCGCCUUUGUUGUGAUAAUUUUGCAAUCUGUAAAACCAUAACGGAAUCUAGAGCACUUUUAUGUUUCGCAGUACUCUUGGAAAAGGGAGAAGAUGAAGUAAAAUACAAUUCGGCUAGGGCGCUAAUGGAAAUAACGGCAGUGGCCGAACGUUAUUCUGAGCUAAGACGUUCGGCCUUUAAGCCAACGUCCCCAACCUCACGCGAGGUUGUGGACAAGUUGCUUAAAAUAGUUAACAAAGGAGAGUCUGAUCUUCUUAUUCCAAGUAUCCAAUCAAUUGGAAACUUGGCCCGAACCUUUCGGGCCACUGAAACAAGGAUCAUUCCUCCUUUAGUGAGGCUACUUGAUGAGAGGGAGACUGAUGUGUCAGAAGAGGCAGCCGUUGCGUUGAUCAAAUUCGCGUGCACGGAUAAUUACUUGCAUGUGGACCAUUGCAAGGCUAUAAUAGAGGCUGGAGCGCCUAAACACUUGAUUCAACUAACUUAUUUUGGGGAAAAAAAUGCUCAGUUGCCGAGCUUGAUACUCCUUGGCUAUCUCGCAUUACACGUACCUGAUAGUGAAACAUUAGCUCAAGAAGACGUGCAUAUUGUGCUUCAAUGGGCGUUGAAACAAGGUCCUUUGAUGCAACAAGAAGAUUAUCCUUUGCUAGAACCACUUGUUUUGGAAGCCAAACAGAGAUUGGAGAUCUAUCAAUCUAGGGCCUAAUUUUG